AUGGAGGACCUUAUGGAGUUUUCGUCGGUGUCAUCGGGAGGAAAGGAAAAGACACCGGAUCUCAUAGAAGAUCUACUUGGACCUUACGAGUCGACUCCAAGAAAAAGCGAGAAGUCCCUAGACAAUGACGAAGACCUAAUCGAUUCAUUCUCCGUGUCCUCAGAGGAGAAACGAAAGACCCCCGAGCCAGCAGAGGAUUCCUACGACCUCUACGUGGGAAUGACAGACAGAAAAGACCAGCCCGAGCACUGGGUCAUGAUGAUUGUCAUCCCGGGCGACGACUACUGUACCUUCUACCAUUCGAACCACGAGUGGCUCGCCUGGCCCAGAUACUCUCGGUAUACCGAGCCGAUGAAGCGCUUCGACCAUUACAAAAUCUUACGGAGGGACCGGAUCUGCAGCAUCAGGGAGUCCGACAUGAAGAAAUUCCGCCAGGCUUGCUGGGACGUUGAGCCGCAGCACUGCCAACGGUACGUCAUUGCCGUUUUGAAGAAACUCGAGAAAGAAGGGCUGGUUUCCCUAGGCACUGGCGACAGUUUUGUGCCCCAGUCCCAGCUGCAUGUCCAUGAGGGGCCCAAUCAUCAGUACACGGAGGAGGAAUACGGCAGAUUGGUUGACGAAUUGGGGAGGAACGGGGCUUAUGAGGAGAUGCUGAGGAUUCAGGGUUGGGCUAAUGAGAACGGAGUAGUCAUGUGGAAUUCUGAAUAG